UGCAGCCGAGCUGGGGACAGCCCCUUCCUCCGGAAGGUGGGAAUCAGCUGCGCAACGCUCGCGAGGCUUCCGACCUCGUUGCUCCGUCGGCGCGUGCAAAUAGUUUAGGAAGCGGAGCGUCUUCGCGGCCGCAAGAUGCACUCGGAUGACAUUGUCUGGGACACUCUUGGCAACAAACAGUUCUGCUCAUACAAGAUCAAGACAAAAACGCAGAACUUUUGCCGGAAUGAGUUUAAUGUAACCGGCCUGUGCAACCGCUCCUCCUGUCCCUUGGCAAACAGCCAGUAUGCUACCAUCAAGGAAGAAAAAGGGCAGUGUUUCCUUUACAUGAAGACCAUUGAACGCUCUGCUUUCCCCAGUCGGCUCUGGGAACGGGUCCGGUUGAGCAAGAACUAUGAGAAAGCGUUGGAGGAGAUUGACGAGAACCUCAUAUACUGGCCCCGCUUCAUCCGGCACAAAUGCAAGCAGCGCUUCACCAAGAUCACGCAGUACCUGAUCCGAAUCCGCAAACUGACGCUCAAGAGACAGAGGAAGCUCGUUCCUUUAAGUAAAAAGAUUGAACGUCGUGAAAAGCGGCGAGAGGAGAAAGCCCUGGUUGCUGCUCAGCUGGACAACGCGAUAGAAAAAGAACUGCUGGAGAGAUUGAAGCAGGAAACGUAUGGCGAUAUAUAUAAUUUCCCCAUCCAUGCCUUCAACAAAGCUCUGGAACAGCAGGAUGGUGAGAGCGAGAGUGAUGAGGAUACAGAGAAGAGAGAAGAGGAGGAGGAAGAAGAGGAUGCAAACAAGAGGGAAUUUGUGGAGGUAGAUGAGAGUGAUCUCAGCGACUUUGAGGAGAUGGAUAAUCUGCCGACAAGCAGUGAGGAGGAAGAGGAGGCUACGUCUAGUGAGGAAGAAGAGGGCGACCGUCAGCCCAGGUCUAAGGGCAAAACUCCACUGAAGGGGCCAGCCAGGAGGAAACGAGCUUAUGUUGAAAUAGAGUAUGAGCAGGAAACGGAACCACUGUUGAAAUCGAAAGCCACAUGACACCUCCACCUAGGAGAAGGGGGCAGACGCAAGAACUGUACUGAGUGAGCUGGCUGGUGGGAUGGUCGGCCAGCGUCGCUCAGCAAAGCUUGCUCGUACUUACUUACUUUUAAGACUCCAAAGACAGCUGAAAGGCCAACAGGAAACUUCCUUCGAAAUGGAAGCCUUGUAAACUGGAGCUGGGAAACGAAUGGGCAUUUGGAUAAUCCACCUUUGGGGUUGGGGGAGUGAAGCGGGCUAGUUUUUUAAAACUAUUUGUACAUGUCUUUAUUGCCUUGCAAGCCACUUUGAGGGGCCUAUUUUUGGUAGAAAAGUAGCAUAAAAAUAAACCGGAGCCGGCUGCAACCACC